AUGUCGGACCGCCUUAGAGGUGACAGAAAGAGGGGUGUUGCCUCCGAUGAUGAGGAUGUCGGUGACAAACCCGCCUUUGCUGACGCUGAGACAAUGGCCCAACGUCGAAUCGUGCGUGUUGUUCGGACCACACCUGCGGGACCCCCGCCGUCACUGGGUGGGAUAUUCAAAUCACUUCCCAGCGCACUACCGACAGGUACCCCACCGUUGGUGACGAAGUUUGGGUCUGUAGCGAGUGGUAGCGCCAGCAGCAGCGGGAUAUCACCACCGCCACUCAACGGUGCGUUUCCGUUCAUUCCAAAGCCCACGGAGGGGGCAGCACCGGCGUUUGCAAUGCCGAAGGUGAACGCAAUGACUGCAACUGACUUUUCUUCUACCGCAGCCGGUACGAUAACAAAUACCGGCGACGGGAAUAAGACUGAUACAAAGCCCGAAGUUGGUGGUGGGUUAGCGGGGACUGGGUCACUCUUUGGAGGAGCACACAGCUUUGGCAACGCAGUCAAUUCAUUUGUUGCUGCAAAGGAAAGGUUAGCCAAGGCUGCGGAGGAGACUGACGAUAAGGGAGCCACCGUUGAUUCCCCUGUUUCCCCAACUCCGGGGGAUGCACUCGCCAACGCUGACCCCGUUUCAGUCGCGACGGGUGAAGUUGUCGCCACUAUCCCUUCGAAGCUCUACUUGUUCAAAUCGGAUACAAAAAGUUGGUCGGAUUGCGGCGUCGGGGAGGCGAAGAUUAAGAAGCAUGAGUCUAACGGUGGUGAGGACAAAUCGGGUGGCUCACCAAAGUAUUUCUAUCGACUUAUUGUUCGCGAUGGAUAUGCUUUGAAUACACCGCUCUCAAAAAAUUUCAUUCUCACGAAAUCAGAAGACACACACGCCACGUUUUCGUUCCCUGUAGGUACCAAGGUGGUAACCUAUUUAUUAAAAUACACGGGAGCGAAUGCUGCCGAAUGUGGCCCAGCAUUUUCUAAAGCCCUUAAAGAAACACUGAAACUCGCACAGGAGCAGUCUAAGUGA